UUUAUUAAUACCGCCAUCUAUUAACACUUCAUCGCACUUUCAUUCCUGUCAUUUAAUCUCGUGUAUUAGGUGGGUCUUUCUACUUUUUCUCGAAUUUUCUCUGAAAAUAAAUCGAAAUGGCAGCAAUAAGUCUCUUAAAUCCAAAAGCCGAGGUCGCGAGAGCCGCAGCGGCCCUUGCCGUCAACAUCUCAGCUGCAAAAGGUAUCCAAGAUGUAAUGAAAUCAAAUUUGGGACCGAAAGGAACCAUGAAAAUGUUGGUUUCUGGUGCUGGGGACAUAAAGAUAACGAAAGACGGUAAUGUACUCCUUCAUGAAAUGCAAAUUCAACAUCCGACAGCUUCAUUAAUCGCCCGCGCUUCAACGGCUCAAGACGACACCACCGGAGAUGGCACCACCUCAAUAGUUUUAAUUAUCGGGGAGCUCCUAAAACAAGCUGAUAUUUAUAUAUCCGACGGUCUCCACCCCCGCCUUUUAGUCGAAGGUUUCGAUAAAGCUCGCGCAAAAACCCUCGAAGUUCUCGAUAAAAUAAAAAUUCCAAUAACAGCGUCUCGCGAAAAUUUAAUUGACGUCGCUAGGACUAGUUUGAGAACGAAAGUUCACCCGAAAUUAGCCGAUCUUUUAACUGACGUUUGCGUAGAUGCCGUAUUAAAUAUUAAAACUGAUAAUAAGCCGGUUGAUUUACACAUGGUUGAGUUAAUGGAAAUGAGGCAUAAAACUGAAAUCCACACCCAAUUAAUUAAAGGGUUGGUGUUAGAUCACGGUUCGCGUCACCCGAAUAUGCCAAAGCAAAUUACAAACGCCUACAUUUUAACUUGUAACGUUAGUAUGGAAUAUGAAAAAAGUGAGGUUAAUUCGGGAUUCUUUUACAAAACCGCCGAAGAACGGGAAAAAUUAGCUGACGCUGAACGUGAAUUUAUCGAUCAAAGAGUAAAAAAAGUUAUUGAAUUAAAACGCAAAUUAUGUAAUGGAACGGAUAAAGGUUUCGUUGUUAUCAAUCAAAAAGGAAUUGACCCAAUGAGUUUAGACAUGUUAGCCAAAGAGGGAAUCAUGGCAUUGCGCCGUGCUAAACGUCGUAAUAUGGAACGUUUAGCUUUAGCUUGUGGGGGAACUGCAAUGAACCAUUUCGAUGAUAUGAAUGAGUCUCAUUUGGGUUAUGCCGGGCUUGUGUAUGAGCAUGUUCUUGGUGAAACUAAAUACACAUUUGUGGAAGACUGUAAAACACCUCAGUCGGUUACUAUUUUAAUGAAAGGUCCAAAUAAACACACCAUAACUCUUAUUAAGGAUGCGGUUCGUGAUGGUUUAAAAGCUGUUAAUAACGCCAUUGAAGAUGGAGCUUUAGUUCCUGGAGCUGGAGCUUUUGAAGUAACAGCUUAUAAAGAACUUAUGGAAUUUAAGGACACAAUUAAAGGAAAAUCUCGAUUGGGUGUUGCUGCUUAUGCAGAGGCGCUUUUGGUUAUUCCAAAAGUUUUAGCUGCAAAUUCCGGAUAUGAUUCUCAGGAUACCAUUGUGAAAUUACAAGAAGAGUCGAAAUUGAAUGCCGAGCCGAUUGGACUUGAUUUGAGUUCUGGAGAACCCAUCGUUCCCAAAGACGCGGGAAUUUAUGAUAAUUAUAUUGUCAAAAAGCAAAUUAUUAAUUCUUGUUCGGUUAUCGCUAGUAAUUUAUUAUUGGUUGAUGAAAUUAUGCGCGCUGGAAUGAGUAGUUUGAAAGGAUAAGACCCUUUUGAUUUAAAAAGUUAAUAAUUUAAUUUGCUUAUUGAUAAAUAAUAAUCAUAAUAAAAAAAUGCACGUUUUCUUUUUGUACACCACAUUUACUUAUUUUUUCAUGAUUCAUUAAUGUUUGAUAAUAAACUGCUUUAAUAACAGAAAAUAAAUAAAAUUUUAUUUAA